GCGGCGGUUCCCGGGGCGGCGCGGCCGCCAUGGACCUGCACAUCCUGGAGCACCGGGUGCGGGUGCUGAGCCUGGCCCGCCGCGGGCUCUGGCUCUACACCCACCCGCUGCUCAAGCUGCUCUUCCUGCCCCAGCGCUGCCGAUGCAAGUUCUUCAGCCUGACGGAAACCCCCGAGGAUUACACGGUCAUGCUGGACGAGGAGGGCUUCAAAGAGCUGCCGCCCUCCGAGUUCAUGCAGGUGGCAGAUUCCACGUGGCUGGUGCUCAGCGUGGUCUCCAACGGGCGGGAACCCCCCGGCUGCCAGGCCACCGGCGUCACCAAGAUCGCGCGGUCCGUCAUCGCGCCGCUGGCCGAGCACCACGUCUCGGUGCUGAUGCUCUCCACGUACCAGACCGACUUCAUCCUGGUGCGGGAGCGGGACCUGCCCGUGGUGAUCCACACGCUGGCCGGGGAGUUCGACAUCUACAAGGAGGAGGGUGGCGAGUGUGUCCCUGUCACCAGCGAUGACGUGAGCAACGGCUUCCUCAAGCCCAAGCCAUCCGCCAGCCCCAUGCUGCACCCGGUGCAGAGCCCCCAGACCCGCUUCUGUGUCCUGACGGUGGCCCCCGACACGCUGCCCGCCAUCGCCACCAUGCUCAUCGACGUCCUCUUCUACUCCCACAGCAGCCCCCCGUGGGAUGCAGCCACCGGCAGCCAGGACCUCGACUCCAUCACCUUCUUCUCCUUCUCCCUCAUCGAGGGCUACAUCUCCAUCGUGAUGGAUGCCGAGACCCAGAAGCGCUUCCCCAGCGACCUCCUGCUGACCAGCUCGACGGGGGAGCUGUGGCGGAUGGUGCGCAUUGGGGGACAGCCCCUCGGCUUCGACGAGUGCGGCAUCGUGGCGCAGAUCGCGGAGCCGCUGGCGGCCGCCGACAUCUCGGCCUAUUACAUCAGCACCUUCAACUUCGACCACGCCUUGGUCCCCGAGGAGGGCAUCGCCGAGGUCAUCCAGCUGCUGCAGCAGCGGCAGGAGAGCGGCAGAUAGCGGCCGCCUGUCCCCACGCUGUCCAGGCGCGGCCUCUCCCCUCCUCCCCGCCCCUGUUCGUUAAUGUUUAAUUUUAAUGAUCCCCCAGCACGGGACAGGGCCGGGCACAGCGUCGCUCCCUCUGUGCUGGGGAUGUGGUGGCUUUGGGGACAUGGUGGCCUUGCGGCAGUGGGCGUUGGCCCACGGGAGAGGGGUGUGUGCCACCCCCUGUGUGCCACCCCCUGUGUGCCAUCCCCUGUGUGCCACCCCCUGUGUGCCAUCCCCUGUGCGCCACGCUCUCCCUCCAUCCCGGCCUGUGUGGGGUGGGUGGCCCAGGGGACAGUCCGUGUGUCCAGCUGCAGGACGUGCCAAAGAGCAGUGAAGUGCCACCGUGGUGCUAUAGGGGACAGCCUGGGGCUGAUGGGAUGUGUCCCCUUGGGAAGGGAGGGGUGGCCAUGAUGCUCAGGGACACCUCUGGACCAGCCCCAUGGAGGGGAGAGCAUUCCUGGAGCUGGGGUUACCCCAGCACCCCAAAAAUCUCCAUGGGGGCAGUGGGGGGGGGCUCUGAUUCACCACCAGCCCUGGCUGUCACCUGCCAUGGAGGGGUGACGGUGACACCCAGCCUCUCAACGAGUUGUAUUUUCACAUAGUUUUUGAUAAGUCAAUAAAAUUCUUAUUAUUUUUA